UGCCUCCUACUUCUCCCUCCAGGUUGAGUCUCCUUCGCUACAACAACAACCUGACCAGGUGUAAAAACUGCAUGUUCGGCUUCUCCCAGCAGCUCAAAGCCAAGCUGGACUUCUUCAAGAGCAGCAUCCAGUACGACCUGGAAAAAUACAGCGAUCAGAUGCACUACGGCAUAUCCUCCGAGAAGAUGCUGAAAGCGUGGCAGGAGAACGAGGAGAGAGCGGCGGCUUUCGCACAGGUGGCGGAGGUGAGCCAUCUGGACGACGAGAUCAUGGCUCUGCAUUCUGAGAUAGUGGAGCUUCAGAGGAGUCCUUAUGCCCGACGCCAAGGAGACAAGAUGGAGCAGCUAGAACAUAAAGCCAUCGACCUCUACAGGCAGCUGAAGAUGAAAUGCAAAAUUCCUGACUCGGAUGUGAGCAGCGACAGCUCAGAGAUGGUGAAGGCCAUCAUCCAGACUGUCCAGAACCAAGACAAGGUCCUCAAAGACCUGUUCACCCACCUCAGUAAGAUCCUGAUCAGCAAACAGAAGAUCAUUGACUUGUUUCCGCGAAUCGAGAAAACCCUGGAGAGCAUCAAGGAUGCUGACAACACAGUGAUGCAGAUGCAGAUAAAGAGACAGAGAGAGUUCUGGCAUUUACUCAAGAUCGCAUGUGCCCAGAACUCGUCACGAAACUCGAUAGCAGCCAGUCCGGAGUCGUCCAACCUGCUGCAGGUUUCUCAGUGGUCGCAGUCAGCGCAGCCUGUCAGCUCGCCACAUCCGCUCACAUCCCUACCUGGGCCAAAUGACAGUGAUGCUGCCCCGCGGCUGCUGCAGGAGAACCAGAAGUACCUCAGUCAGCUGACCAGCCUGAUGCAGGAGGCUGCAGACGACCAGGCCAAAAGCAUAGUGGACCAAGACUGGAGCUGGACGAAAUACGAAACUUUAACGACAAAAUUAAAAAAGCGAAACGCGUAAGCACCGUCGCAUCCUCCACCACACCCGCCUGUUCUCCGAGUAACACUAAGGACUGUAAGCUGUUCACGCAGCGGAGUGGCUUCAAACAUUGUACAGUUGUACAUGGACUCGGGACAUUGUCUUUAAAACAACACAACUUUCCUGAUCAUCUUUAAAAAAUAAAUAAAUAAAUAAAAAAUGUAAAAAGAGACGGCAUCCACACAUGCUCAGUGGUGUCGGUCUGCUCCCAUCGUCUCACAUGGUGGAAAGUUUGAUUAACCUUGUUUUUAUAUGAGAAAACAACAAAGCUCUGUCUCUCUUCUCGUUUUCCUUAUGCUGCACAAUACUCAUCGUAGUUCAUUCAAGCUGAUGAUUUUUACUGUCGUUGCAAAACUGUAGCACCAACCAGAUUUGAGGGGUUGUUUUUGAGGCGGAUCGAUCACAUCGACAGAAACACAUGAACGAGUUCGACCCUGUGACGCGCAGGGAAACAGGAAGUGGUCGGGGCAGGGUGGUCGAGGAGGAAAUUACAAUCAAGCAAGCAGCACUUUGAUACUCCCACAUAUCCUCUCUGUGAAGAGUAGCGGAAACGUUCCAGGCUGCCAAAACUGUCGCAGAAUUUACAGUCAGAGCGGGACAGAAGCUGUUCCCGUCACUCAUAAUCACUCUGAUAUAUUUUACUAUCAACACGUGGGGGGUUAAAUGCUAUCUAAGUAUGUUUUGUUUUGUUUUUUUUCUUCAAAAUAAUAUAUCAUAGGCAGAAGUGUUUUUGUCUUGUUAUAAGCGACGGAUGUGGCUGGCCAUCAUGUUUAUACGAUGUCUAUACUGUACAUGUGUCUUUUUAAAUGUCAUGGAGAUGCAGUGGCUCUCGUUGUCUCAUUCAUGUGCACAUAGUCGUUCAGUGGAUGGUUCGUUCAUGUCAUGUAGAGUUGAAACGAUUAGUCCAUGGUGGAGUUUAGAAAGGAAAAAAAGGUACAGUCGAGAAUAUCUGAAAAAGAAAAAUAGUGUGGAUUUCUGUUCUUAAUUGCAUCAAAAUAAACAAUAAAUCUGCAGGCGGAAGAAGAAGAUAGAAGAAGUUGCACCUAGAUGACUAUAAAAAAAGUUUCAGUCUAAACUCAAAUAAUGAAAAACAUUACAAAAAUGUAAAGCUACGUCCACACUAAUACAUUUAAACUUUACAACUCUUGACGUCUGCUGUGUUAACAGUCGGCGUCCACAUUACUCCAGCUUUCCAACAACCCUAAAAUGAAGCCGUUUGAAAAAUCUGCUGCCGUCUCUGCUUCAGUUUGAAGACUUGCAUUUUUGUCUGGCUGGGUGGAGACUGCUUUCUGACUGGAUCUAUGCUUCUUGGACGCUUUUAUCAUGUGGCAGUGUUGCAGAGGAAACAUCCAGACAAAAAUGCAAACCCCAAAGUUUUCAAACUAAAACAGAGACAGCAGCAGCUUUUUUCAAACGCCUCCAUUUUAGACGUGUUCAGGAGUUGAAGUAAUGGGGACGUGAACUGUUAGCACAUUCAGCGGAGUUGACAAGUCUUUGCUGACUUUGUCUCUGCUCGAAGCUGUUUGUCCAGUUAAGGAAAUCUCUGGUGCUACCUUUUUACCGUUGCUGUUCUUCCUUUGUAGUAUUUUCAUUAGUAUGCACAGAGCAUAUUCCUGAAACGGUGCUAAAACGCUGGUCUGGAUGGAGAUCGCUUUUGUGAAAACAUGUUAAUGUGGAUGUAGCCCAGAUUUCAGGAGUAAUUCUGAUUUCACAUUUUUGUUGAUAAACCAGCUUAUUCAGCAGCUUUUAAAACAAUUUGGCAAUGGUUUGCCAUUUUCCCAGUAUCUCUCCUCAGAGGUUUUUAAUGUGCAAACUGGAAUUGAACAUUAAACACACUUCAUCAGCAAAAAUAUAUCAGCAAGUAAUUUUUGAAAAUAUUCUAUUAAACAUUCUUUAUUUCUGUCCUCUUCAGUGUGAGAAUUUGCUUUUUUUCUUGGUGACAUAUUCAGGUUGAUAGUUUUAUCCACAGACCUUAUAAAAGAGAUGGACGUAGCCUCAAACAUGCAUUCUUUCUAGCAGUCAGCAGGGGGCGACUCCUUUUGGUAGCAAAAGGAGGCCAGAUUGUAUGAAAGUCUGAGAAAAUGACCCGACCUCUGCCUUGAUUUAUUACCCCAUUAAACAUUAACCUAAUGAGUUUAUGAUCUCUAUUUUAAUAGAGACUCAUGUUUAUUUGGUAGAUUAUGGUUUUAUUAAGAGUAAAAAAAACAGGGCGUGUAUUUACAUAUCAGGGUGUGUAGUGUCCUCGAGGUCUCCGUCAGAGCCACCCUUCGUUUGUCACAUCCGGAUUAAAAAGACAAAUAUGGCGAUGGCUAAACCAGUGAUGUUAUUGUGGCUGCGUCCAUCUUGUAUACACAGUCUGUGGUUUUAUCUUAUUGGGUUGUGUGUAAAACCCAAACAUAUACCGCCAUCAUAACAUGACACUGAAAAGCAGCAAAUCCUCACAUUUUAGAAGCUGAAAGAUGACAACAUUUGGCCUUUUCACUUCACAACACUGUCGAAACAAUGGAUCGAUUCUGUCCAACGGCCGUUUAAUUAUUGGAGUAAUCGUUUCAGCUCUUAUCACAAACACGAGCCGCCACCAUCCAUCCCAAAGCAACAUUACACAUCCAAGUGUGACGGUCCGGUUUCCUCGACCGCUGACAUGAAUCUGAACGAUUGGAUCUGAGAGCUGAGAUGCUCACAGGAAACGGCGGCCGGUAAACGGGUGAAUGUACUGCAGGUGGUCGGUCACGCGGUGACUUUGGGCAGAGAGACACGAACCUUCUUAGUUGUAUUUAUGAAGUUAAAGUGCAAUGCCAGAAAAUAUUUUUUGUAUUUAAGUAACUCGAUCAGUCAGUUUUCUUUGCAUUGGAGUAUUGUUUCCAUCUGAUGGUUUUGUCUCUGAAUGUUUAAGUUUUAGAAAUUUCAUUGUAUGAAGAUCAAAUGUUUACCUGGUAAUAAAAUAAAUGACUUUGGCACGA